CUCCUGCCCAGAACCCACACCAAGCUUUCGCAUAUUCACUGCUCUGGUUUCCUCUUUCUCUCCCCGGUUUCCUCGAUUUCUCCCCAAAUCUUUAUCCAAAGUCCAUCCUUUUUCUCCCUAUCCUCUCCGUCUGUCCGUGCCCACGGCGAUUUCCACGCCAAGGCGGCGUCUUGCUUCUCCUCCGAGGGCUCAUUUUGGCGCCGAUUCUACGUGCCUGCGGGCGGUCGAGGUGUUUCCUGUGCGCUUGCUGAGGGGGUUGGAUCGAGAUGGCGUCGAGGAUGAUGCGGUGGCGGCCAUGGUCGCCGCUGCUGUCGAGGAAGUUUCGGGUGAAGCUGGUGGUGAGGAGGAUCGAAGGAGUCGGCGGUGGGGAUGAGGCGGAGGCGGCUGCGGGGAGGAAGAUGGCCGUGGAGGUGACGUGGAAGGGGCCGAAGCUGGCGCUGAGAUCUCUGCGGAGGACGGUGAAGAAAAACCGGACGAAGGAGGAGGAGGUUAGCGAUGGCGGCGUGGUGGUGUGGAAUGAGGAAUUUCAGACCCUUUGUACCUUGACGGCGCACAAGGAGAACGAUUUCUAUCCGUGGGAGGUCGUAUUCACCACGUUCAAUGGUUCGAACCAAGGCACAAAGACCAAACAAUCUGUGCUUGGAGUGGCUUCACUCAACAUAUCGGAACUCACAUCUGCAGAGCAGGAGAUUGAGCUCCACAUUCCAUUGUUACUUCCUGGUGCCCCUGAGUCUACUUUGUCGCUUCAUUUGGCACUCAGUAUAUCGGAAUUGAGAUCUCCACAAGAUUCUUCUGAUACGGUCCAGAAUUCACCGAGUGGUGCAUCCUCACCUCGGUCAGGAGAUGUUAAUGUUAUUCCUCCUGAGAAAGAAGAGCUUUCUGCACUAAAAGCCGGAUUGCGAAAGGUGAAAAUUUUAACAGAAAUUGUGUCUGCUCGGAAGUCUAAAAAGGCAUUCCCAGACGACAAUGGUAGUGAGGGGAAGUGCUCUGCUAGGAGUGACAAUGUAGAAUAUGGUUAUCCAUUUGACACAGAUUCUCUUGAUGAUCUUGAUGAAGUGGAAGACAUCAAAGAUGAUACUAAUGCCAGGAAUUCGUUCAGUUAUGGCACAUUAGCUUCUGUUAAUAAUGCUGGAUACGAGAUGAAGAUAUAUGGAGAAAAUGAAGAUUGUGUCUACUACAAUCACCGGAGAUCAGAUGUAGGUUGUUCUCAUGCAGCAGAUAAACUGUUAUCCAUUUCUGAACUUUCCAUGUCAAAGAGGAGUUUUCUUCCAUGGAAAAAGAGGAAAUUGAGUUUCAAGUCUCCUAAAUCCAAAGGGGAACCAUUGCUCAAGAAAGCAUAUGAAGAGGGAGGGGAUGACAUUGACUAUGAUCGACGGUUACUGAGUUCCUCGGAUGAAUCACUCUCUGCCAGUAGGCACAAUGGGGAUGAUGGACGAGCUAUGAACCGAGAAUCAGUAUCAGAUUUUGGUGAUGACUGCUUCGUCAUAGGAAGCUGGGAAUCAAAGGAUCUAGUUAGUCGAGACGGGCACAUGAAGCUUACCACACAUGUUUUCUUCGCAUCCAUUGAUCAGAGAAGUGAGCAAGCAUCCGGUGAGAGUGCAUGCACAGCUCUUGUAGCUGUUAUUGCCGACUGGUUUCAUAAGAACCAGAACAUGAUGCUGCUCAGGUCUCAGUUUGAUAGCCUAAUCCGAGAAGGCUCUCUCAAAUGGAGAAACCUUUGUGAAAACCGCGUCUAUCAGGAGUGUUUCCCUGACAAACAUUUUGACCUAGAGACAGUUCUUCAAGCUAAGAUUCGGCCACUUGCUGUCGUGCCAACGAAAUCGUUCAUUGGAUUCUUUCAUCCCAAAGGCACCGAUAACGACAGUGACUUUGACUUUUUUAGUGAAGCUAUGUCUUUUGACAGCAUCUGGGAUGAAAUCAGUCAAACAGGAUCGAACUGCUCAAGCAAUGCAGAACCUCAGCUAUAUAUUGUAAGUUGGAACGAUCACUUUUUUAUCCUGAAGGUUGAACAUGAUGCUUAUUAUAUAAUUGACACUCUCGGUGAGCGUCUAUACGAGGGAUGUCAACAGGCUUACAUCCUCAAGUUCGACGAGAGAACAUGCAUCAACCUGGUUUCUAAUGCGACCGAGGAUUCCACUGAGUCUGAGAAUAAGGACCGAGCAAAGAGAAACACUGUAGUGGAAGGGGAACUUGUAUGUCGGGGAAAGGAAUCAUGCAAGGAGUACCUUAAGAGCUUCCUGGCCGCAAUUCCAAUCCGGGAACUGCAAGCCGAUAUUAAGAAAGGUCGCACAUCGUCAACUCCAUUGCAUCAAUGCCUCCAGAUCGAGUUCCAUUUCACUGAAUCAGCCACUCUAUCGACAACCCCGGAGAGUCUCCUUCAGCUCCCUUGGCCAGUUCAACCAGACGCUGCAUUUACACCUGCACCACUUGUUGUCUCAUAGCAUCCAUUAGGUCUGUUUGGAAAGCAUUGUGGACUUUCGAUACGCGAAGGCAUCACGGAACCGAUAAACAUCUCUGCCAAUGUCUCUUUCGAUAUCAACUAACUAUCGGCACUUCGUUUUUGCUGUGAGUAGAAGUGUUCACUGCCUGGUAUGUGUACUGAGUCCAAUUGGAGUACGAGCACCAAAUGAACUACUGUAAUUUAUAUUAUUAUUUUGGUUAAAUAUCGUGGAUAGUCAAAUUAUCUGUCAAUGAACUUGUUUACGUGUGCGUUCUCUAAAGAUCGUUGAUAAUUGAGAUGAAAA